AUGCCAAAUGUGUCGUCACGACGAUCAUCUUUUGCUGAUCCUUACCCACGACGAGGCAGUGCUGCUUUCAUGGACCAACCUAGUGAAUGGGGGUAUGGAUACAGCCGAAGGGGAUCCUCUGCUACUUAUGACUGGCACGAUCCUUGGAAGCAAGAAGAGCGAACCGUACCGCGCCAUGGUAUCACAACGACUAUAGAAGUUGAAGAGGUUGUAAGCGAGGACGAAGGAGCACCAAGUCCACCAAAACUACUAGAAUCAUCAAGUCAACCAAAACUAAUAGAAUUUCCAACUGAACAUGAUCGGCGUGACUCAACCAAUGUUUCCACUGCGACCCCGGACGUCCAUGUCGGUUUAGGGAUCCGUGAUGAUAAUUCCGAUUACCGAACUUUCCGCAUAACCUUCCCAGCCAAAAGCAACGGACAAAACAGCAAGGAAGAGAAGAAGAUCGCGAAGGAAUUUCAAGUAUCCAAAAAACUUGAUACUAGACAGGAUUUCGAAAGAUGGUUUCAAAGACCAUUGGAGAUGACUAAAACGAUCUUGCAACGUGAUUCGGGAAUCUCCAAGGUUCAAUUAGCUCCUACCCUUUUUCGUUUCCAGGACCAGUGCGCGAGCUUUUGGAAUGACAAUGUGGGUCCAUACAGGAUCACAGUGGUGACUCUUCCAAAAGAAAUCACACGAUUACCCAACAGUCAUCGUGCGACAUACAGAAGGGAUCCUGUAGAUGCCAGAGACUCUCUCACGCUGUCCAAAGAGGAAUGGGUCGGAAAGAUCUCUAGUGAUUUCACCAAACAGAUCGAGUCUCAAGCAGAUGAAUAUGACUGGGACAAAGACAUACAAACCAGCUUGCUGUCUCACAUUCGUUCAGAAGCAGAAAUGACAUGGGAAAAAUUCUUCAGUUCUAAGUGUCCAUCGAAACCUAAUCCUGACAAAUUCUGUAAAAGGCUGAUCGACGUGGCUGCUAGAAAAGCAGCGAGUCGUCACCACCAAGAGUAG